AAUAUUUGUUUUCCCCGGACUGUCAUUACUGUAACAGCGUGCAGCCUCAAGAAAUUGUAUUAAAAAAAAACCUUAGUUAUUAAGUUUAAAUAAUAAAAAUAAAAUAAAGAUCGAAUUUGAAGUCGAACACAGGCUUGUUGCUGUCAGCUUGAGCUAAAACAGUGAAGGACUUGCAGCCAGUGACGGUGAAAAUAAAUGGUCUCCACCUUGGCUUUUGAUCCUCUGUCCUGCUGAACAAAUCUCAGAAGAAACCGCCGCAGCCAGCAAUGAGAAGCUGGUAAAAGAAGGCAGCACAACACCCAGGAUCUAACCAGCUUUUAGAUUGAUGUUAGGAAGCUCGACUGAACAGAGGAGGGAAACAUGAGCAGCUGCAGACUGCUGCAGUCUGAGCUGAAGCUGUGGACUUCAGGAAGAAGCAAAUGGACAAGGGGACUAAAUGAAGGCAUUGGUUGGAGUGGAAAGACUUUCUUGUCAACUUCUUGUUGUCCCAAGGUGUGUAUUGUUGGAAGUGGUCCGGCAGGUUUCUACACAGCACAGCAUCUUAUCAAGGCUCGUCAGGAUGUUGAGGUCGACAUUUACGAGCGAUUGCCCGUUCCCUUCGGCCUGGUCAGGUUUGGAGUGGCCCCUGAUCACCCUGAAGUCAAGAAUGUCAUCAAUACUUUUACUCAAACAGCCAAACAUUCCCGCUGCAGUUUCUAUGGGAACGUAAAUGUUGGGAAGGACGUGACCGUCGGUGAACUGCAGCAAGCGUACCAUGCUGUCGUACUGAGUUACGGUGCAGAGGGAAACAGGAGGGUGGGGGUGCCAGGUGAGGACCUGCGAGGUGUGUACUCCGCCAAAGACUUUGUGGGCUGGUACAACGGCUUGCCCAGCUGUCGAGAGCUCAGUCCGGACCUGAGCUGCGAAACAGCCGUCAUUUUGGGACAAGGCAACGUGGCCUUGGAUGUAGCCAGAAUACUGCUGUCUCCUUUGGAUAUUUUAAAGAAAACCGACAUCACCCAGCCAGCCCUGGAAGCCCUUGCAGAGAGUCAGGUUCGAAAGGUGCUGAUAGUUGGCAGAAGGGGACCCAUGCAAGUCGCUUGCACAAUCAAGGAGCUCAGAGAAAUGGUGAACCUGCCAGGAACCAGGCCUGAGAUGGUGGCAGCUGAUUUCGAAGGCGUCCCAGAAGCUCUUAAAGUAGUAAGGAGUGAAAGGAUUUAUGGCAGGAGUCUCUCUGCUGUCGCAGAUUUACCGAGGCCCAGGAAGCGUCUCACCGAGCUGCUGAUGAAGACGGCUAUGGAGGUACCCGGAGAUAAGGAGCUGGAGCGGCGGAAAAACGCCACCAAGAUCUGGGGUUUCCGAUUCUACCGGAGCCCCACUGAAAUCUUCGCUGACCCCAGUCACAGCAGAACAGCCGGCAUCCGACUGGCGGUCAACAGGCUUGAGGGUUCUGGAGAAAGAGCUCAGGCUGUUCUUACCGGGGAAGUUGAAGAUGUUUCCUGUGGUCUGGUCAUCAGCAGCAUCGGCUACAAGAGUCACCCCAUCGAUCCCAGCGUGCCGUUUGACUCUCGGAGAGCCAUCGUGCCUAACUCAGUGGGCCGGGUUCACCAAGCUGCAGGUUUGUAUUGUAGCGGUUGGCUGAAAACAGGCCCCACAGGUGUCAUAGCCACCACUAUGAACAACAGCUUUGACACGGCACGAUCAUUGCUGGAGGACGUGGACUCUGGAACAUUGGAUAUAUCUACAGCCAAGCCUGGAUCACAAAUUGUCAGCAUGCUGCUGGAGGAGCGAGGAGUGAAACCAGUGACUUUCUCAGACUGGGAGAAGAUCGACAGCUUGGAGAUGAGAAAGGGGGAAGCUUGCGGAAAACCCAGAGAGAAACUACUGACUGUGGAAGAAAUGCUGAAGGUGGCCCGAACAUGACCUAUGCAGCAGGCAGAAUCCAGCAGAACAAAGAAUAAUGAGUAAUGUUAGAUACAAAGACUGCAGUGGAGACCAUAUUCAUAUAAUACAAAUGGCAUUGUGAACAUGGGCUUAAUUUAAAGCAUGCAUAAAAGGUUGAACGAUG